AUGUCGUCAUCUAUCGUAACACCCGAUCGUGUUUUAAUUGUGGAUAAACGUCUUGUACCAAUUGAUGGUGAACAAUUUCAUUUUAUUCAACUUCAGCAUCCUCGUACAAAACAGGAACAAUCAUAUGCUAUUGAUCAACAAACAAAAACAGUAUUUGAACUCAUUCAAUCUACUCGUUCACAUUCAAGUUGGUUUAUUAAUGAUCAACAUGUAUUACCAGAUGGAUCUUUAUAUAUAAUUACUCCAGUAAAUAUAAUCUUUCUUCUUCUACCUUCACUUUGGUCUCAUGCUCGAUUAAAUUCUAUUCCAUUAACAAAAAUUAUAAAUGAUUCAUUUAAACAAUUACAAUUAGAUAAUGAUUUCAUCUUUGAAAAACUUCAAUCCAUUUGUGAUAUUGAUUUAAAAAAAAAUUUAAUAAAAUUAAAUAAUGAGAAAUUAUUUUUAUGGAUUCGUGAUCGAAUUGAUCGUCUUAAAAAACAUGUUGAAGAUGAAGAACAUGCAUUUGAUCUUAUUUGUGAAUAUUUAUCAGAUGAUAUUAUUGAACAAUGUCAACAAGAAUUAAAACUUCAUGGAAAUGUUCGAUAUGAUAUACCUAUCGGACAAAAAACAUCAUCUACAAUAACAACAACUGUAUUAUGUACGCUUUAUCUUCUUGAAAAACGUAGUUCAUCAUCACAUGCAAAUGAUAAAGUUAAUUUGUCGACUAAUGAUCAAAAUGUAUCGAAAACAGUAGUUGACCAUGCAAAACAAAUCUUAUUUGAACAUCAUCUCAAUGCAAGUCAAUCAUCAUCAUUUCAUGAAUUUCAUCGGAUACAAAAUAAAUCUGAUUGUAUAUUUGCUAAACGAGCACGAUGUUGGAAUGCGCCGCAUUGGCUUGACAAUAUAUCGAUUGAAGAUAACUGUGAAAGAUUAUUACCAAGUUUUAUUCUCUUUUGUGCAUUUGUCAAGGAAACAUCUAUUGAUGGUUAUGUCAUUGAAAUACCUCAUAAUGAUUUAACAACAACUCUUGAAGAUUUUGGUCAAGUAUUUAAACAAAUUCUUCGUUUUCUUUCGGAUCAUGAUCCAGCUAAACGACAUUGUAUGAGUGUUUCACCAAAACGUAUUGGUGAAAAAGGUUGGGUAUUUGAAUUUGAUCGUAUUACUUUUUUUCUUACAACAUUCACACCACAUUAUCCUGAAACACAUCCACGUUAUGCUCAUGGUUCGAAAAAAUAUUGUGAUAUUCUUUUUCAACCGGAACUUUCAUUUCUUCGACAUACUUUACCUGAUGAUACUCCUGAAACAAAUUGGACACAACCAAUAACAAGUCGAGAUAAAAUUCGUGUAGCUUUUCGAGAACAUGGAAGAGAAUAUCCUAUUCGACCAACUAUUUAUUAUCCACCAUCUCAUGAUAUGAUUAGACCAUUGAGCAAUGAUUUAGAUGAUGUUAUUGAAUGGUGGCUUUAA